AUGUAGUUUCCGUGAACUUUUACUUUGAAAGGAGAACUAUUAGCCGGAAGUUGUCCAGUUCCUUUGCCUAAAGGCGGUAUUUUAUGUCUUAUCUCUGACAGUGCGUGCUUUGUGUUUCUCCAUAGCGAAGAUAUUCUAUAUACCCACAUACCCUAAAGAAGCAAUCCCGGCAGUCGGCUUUAUGUGCUUCGUGGACUCGUGAAACCGGUGUUUGCUAACUGCUUAGCUAACAUGGCUGCUAACCCGCCGGGACAGGGCUUUCAGAACAAGACCCGUGUGGCCAUCCUGGCGGAGCUGGACAAGGAGAAGAGGCGGCUGCUGCAGAGCCAGUCCAUGAACAGCCCCGGAGCCAACAUCCCGCUGUCGUCCAGACCCAGCCUGAAGGAGGUGAGGGACAGCGCCGAGCAGCAGCACAUCGCAGCCCAACAGAAGGCCGCCCUGCAGCACGCUCACGUCCACUCCUCCGGGUUCUUCAUCACGCAGGACUCCUCGUUUGGGAACCUCAUCCUCCCGGUGCUCCCCCGGCUGGAGCCCGACUUCUGACUCUAAAUUCUGACCCCGACCCCUAAGACAUUUAAACUGGUUAUUUUAUGGUAUUGUUGAUCUGAUGACUGAUAUUAUAUUUUAUUCUGCCAGGGAGACUAAAAGACGUCACAGACAGAAUAAAAUAUUUGAGCGUAAUGUCCUGUGUUAAGCCCUCACAGAUUAUUCUUCAUUAAUUAUGCGAUCAUGACUGUGUUUCACUCAGAUCAGUGUGAGUCAGGAUGAGAAGUCUGCUGCUGGCAUAAUAACAGAUUUUAUGUGGAAGGUGCUUUCAUCUAUGAGAGUCGGAAAAAAUCCAAAGAAGCAACAGGAUGUAAAACGAGUUUCAGAAAUUGUGUCUUCAAAAGGAACUGAAUACUGAAGAUGCAAGUCUGGAUAACCAGAUGGAAACAGUUACCGACGUCCUGGAAGAGCCUGAAAACCCCAAGUUUACUGCAUACAGUUGCAUCACCAACUCAUUUUGUUGUUCCUGGUAUUUUAGAACCGUUUUUUUAAAGUGUGUUGUACUUUCAUAUGUCACAGUAUUAUUAAGAUAGCACAUUUCAGCCCAGGGGCACUGACUGGUUUGUGAAUAUCUGGGCUCAUAAUUGCAAUCUAUGAGAUCUGUGUAGGUUACAACAGUUAUUUGCCCGGAAUCCCUCAACAGAUGACUUACUAUGGAAGCACAAACAUGAGAUGGGUUUAAAUAAACUGUUAAACAUAUUCUGGCAUAAUUCAUAUGUUUAAUUAUACAAUUUUCUUUUGCAUUUCCUCAUUUUAUGUUCAUUCCAAAGAAAUAGAUUUGAAACCUUUGUAUAACAACUUACACAGAAGACUAUCAGGAUAUCCAAAAGCGAAGGACAGUGUCCUACAGGUGAAGAAGAGAAGGGAGGGUGGAGUGGGUGUGUCAGAAGGAUAGCAGCAAGAGUGAAAGGGAAUGUUUACAAGAUAGUAGUUAGACCUGCUAGGAUGUGUGUACAGAGGUGGUGGUUUAAAGGAUGCUGAAGGUGGAGCUUCCAGGCAGGAGGAAAAGAGCAGGGCCACAGAGAAGACUGAUGGAGGCGAUGCAGAGUGAGAGAGGAGAGCGAGUGCUCACACACAUACCUGUGUCAACACACCUGUCAGUCAAAGCAACCACUGCCCUCACUUCACUGUCUCUUUCUGAGACAGCCUCAAGUGGCUUAAAGAGGAACUGCAGUUCUCUUUUUUUUGCCGCUUCCUUGUUGGCUUCAUUUUUAAAUCAAAAAUGCAAGAAACAAUUUAAUUAAUCACUGUUCUUCACUUAAUUCCUUGACUUAUUAUAAAAAUAAAUAAAAACUUUUCUGCUGUCUCACCUCUGUCAGUUUUCAUGCUGUUGCAAGAACAGCAUGAUCAUCACCUCUUUUUAACCUAGUCUCAGCAACUUUGUCCCAUAGCUUGCACAUCCUUUCCACCUCCAUCUUUCUUCUCAGCCACCUGAUACAUACCUUUCCUCCUUCCUUAAAAGCCAGCCUAAGAAAUGUGAUUUUAUAAUUGCCCGAUAAAGUAAACUGCCAUUUUCAAAAAUGUUAUCAUCCAAAUUCAUGCAGUGUGGCUAAAUUAAGAAUGAAUUACAAACCCUGGCUUCCUUGCUAACAUGAUUAACAGCUAAAUACUAUCAUAGUGGAGGUGUAACAUUACUGCUAAAAUAGCUCAUAUGAACCCUGAUACUGACCUAUGUAUUUAUCAAAACAAUGUUCCGAUAUUACAAAGAAAACUAAUGAUUGCUUUUUACAGUAUUAGCCAAGGGCGUAGAUUUGGUUUUGGCAUUGGUGGGGACGG